AUGCAGUCCUCUUCAGUGGAGGUGGACAGCAGCGGCGACUCUGUGGUGCAGGUGUGCUUCCCGGCUUCCCAGGCUUCGGUGCUGGAAGCCCUUAACCAACAGAGGGAGGACGGUCGCCUGUGUGACCUGGCCAUCCAUGUGCAAGGUCACGUGUUCAAGGCCCACCGCUGCGUCCUGGCUGCGUCCUCGCCAUACUUUCAUGACCAGGUCCUACUGAAGAACAUGUCCAGCGUGUCCAUCCCAGCCGUGAUGGAUCCACUGGCGUUUGAGAGCGUGCUUCGAUGUGCCUACACGGGUCAGCUAAGCAUGCUGCGCGAGGACAUCGUCAACUACCUGACGGUGGGCAGCGUCUUGCAGAUGUGGCACAUCGUGGACAAAUGCACCGAGCUUCUCAAGGAGAGCAGGGCUGCGGGGGGAGGCGCCAGUGGCGGCGUCGGCUCAGCUAACAACGAGGGUCUCGGUCGGGAUCAAGCACGGCAGGCGGAAACCCUACAGGAGCCCCAACGAGCCACGCAGCCUUCGAGCCGGCCGUCGGUCAGCGAGAGCCAGUCCCCUAGCAGUACCAACUACUUCAGCCCUGGAGCGGCCGCGGCCUUGGUGGGGGGAGGCAGUAGCGGCGGCGGUGGUGGUGCUGAAGUGGCAGCCAGCAACACGCCCAACUAUUGCAUGCCGUCCGGAGAGGAGUCCUUCACAGUAGAAGAGGGAGAGGAGGAGGAAGAAGAGGAGGAAUACCAGCAAAAGAGAAAAGGUGGCAGGAGGAAGAAAACCAGCUCUGCAUCAGAAGAGGAAGUCGGUGUCAGUGACAGCUUUGGCGUUUCCUCGUAUCAGGACGGCGAGGACGCAUCACUGCAGAGACGCCCCACCUACAUCCAGCCUAGCAUCAUGCCCCGCAAGCAGUGGGUGGUGGUCAAAGCCGAGCGGGCGGACGAUCGAGAUCUCAUUGUGGUGUCGGGCGAGGAAGGUGGCGGCGCUGAGGAGGAAGAGGAGGACGACGAGGACGAGGAUGACGAGAGGGAAAUAGCGUCCGGUCGGGAAAGGGACUGCGGCGGCGACUUUGCGAUCUCACACGUGCGGACGCUAUCCGCGGAGGGCGGUGCCAGAGGAGAUCCCGACACACAGAUGGACUACUGCCAGUCUUCUGAGGAAUUCCUCAAGUUGGAGGGCAGCUUGCUGGACGCUGCAUUAGCUCAGCAUGUCCAGGACGGCGCAGCGGGUCCAUGUUCAAGUCAGGGUGCCAAUCGUGGUGCUUCGGGGCUGCUGGGUCAGGUGGCCAACCGCGGCCAGCUCUUCCCUCUGGACAUGCAGGGCAACCAAAUCCUGGUCUACGGACAAACCUCUGCACCCCUGAUGGACACCGCCCCACCUCCCCUGAGCGGCAUGAUUGGCAGCGGCGCAUUUAAAAGCGUGGAGCACGGUCCGGCGGCCCCAGGAAGCGAGGGCAGCGGUGGCGGCGCUUCCGGUAAAGUCUUCAUGUGCCACUGCGGCAAGACGUUCACACACAAGAGCAUGAGGGACCGCCACAUCAACAUGCACCUGGAUUUGAGACCCUUCCAUUGCCCCGUUUGCGCCAAGAAAUUCAAAAUGAAGCAUCACCUGACUGAGCACAUGAAGACGCACACGGGGCUCAAGCCCUACCACUGCGCCGGAUGCGGUAGGAAGUUCAUGUGGCGGGACAGCUUCAUGAGGCACCGAUCGCACUGCGAACGUCGAGGGAGCCAAGACGUUGGCGACGUUUCCGAUGUUCUUCCCGGACCUCACGUCCUUCUCCCGUCGGGCGACGGGGGUGCGCGAGGAGGUGGGGUUUCCUCGCGCCUACACCACGCCGGCGCCGCGUCGGGGAGCGCCGUAGCAGCGACGGGGAUGUUCGGCAGCUUACCGCUAGAGUGCGCGGAUCUUGCUAACGACGGAUAA